AUGCAGUAUCUCUUGCACGCACUUCUAUUUUCAACAUUUUCGUUUGAACAGGUACUCGCCGCUAAGAAAGAUCCCCCCCUUGUUCCCAUUGAAGACCCUUUCUAUCUACCACCUGAUCCCGAUUGUCUACCAUCUGAGGUCGAUUGCUGGAAAAAUUCAACCGGAGUGGUUCUAAGAAAACGUGAGGUCACCGUCGCCAACGUGGUUACCGGGGAAAGAGCCUCGCUAAGGCAUGUGGACGAGAACCCAGACGCUUCAGUCACCACCGUCAUUGUCCCGGUUAUACCAAAUAAAAAGCGGGUCAUCUCGCUUCAGAGUGCAUAUGAUUCCCCGGACACCAAUUGCGCCCCCUCGUAUGGACUUCAACACAAGGCUCAGGGCUGGGGUAAAACAUGGAAUCGGCUCAAUCUUGCUUUCUUGGCACCCUAUUUGCAAACGGGCCCGAUUUUGAACAUUCCAGAUUAUGAGGGCUCCAAUGCGGCCUUUGCUGUGGGCCCGCAAAGUGGCUAUCAGACCUUGGAUUCUAUCAAGGCGGCUUUGUCUUUGGAGUCAAGAGAGUAUACUGGAAUCAAAGAAGACGCAAAGGUAAUCAUGUUCGGAUAUUCCGGCGGCGCCCUAGCGACCGAGUGGGCCACUGAAAUGAAAGCAUGGUACGCAGAGACCCUGCCGAUUGUUGGUGCCGUGAUUGGUGGUGCGCCUACGAACAUUACCAGCACCUACCACAAUGUCAACGGUGGAGAUCUGGCUACGCUCAAUGUCUGGGCCAUGCUAGGGAUCAUGAAUGCCUAUCCCACUAUGAAUCAAUGGAUGCGCGAUGAUCUACGAACAGAUGCCUAUCAAGACAAAAGAUUUCUCUUGGAGCUCACAUCAUGCUCCUAUGCGAGCCCGGCGCUUGCCAAAGGCCUGAAUUUCGCGAAUAUCUCCGCAAUGUUCAAACAGGGUGACAAAUUCUUGACCCAGUUCAGCAAUAUUUUGAAUGAGAUCGGCGUCAUGGGAAAAAAUAUUACCGAGCAAAAUAAUCCGGGAUACCCUCUUGCUUUCUUUUAUGGAACAGAGGAUGAGGUUACUUACCCGCUUGAAGAUACCCAAAAGCUGAUCGACAAGUGGAAAACAGUGGGUAAAGUGGAAAAGGUCUCGGAUUGGCCUCUGAAAGGUGAAACCCAUGCAAGUGCUUUGUUAAAGGGGGUGGGAAAAGCAUGGUUGUGGAUGAACUGCCAAUUCGACGAGGCUGAGAAAAGCAAGGAGAUGCAUUGCGACAAAGAACUGCCCGAAGAUGCAACGGACUAUCAAAAUCAAAUGUCUUUCUCGCCCAGUCAGGAGCUACGAUGA